AUGGCCGCACCCGCUGCCGGCCGAUGCAAGCUGCCGCCUCCACCGCACCAGCGAUACUGGCCGCGGCUCGCCGCCACGCGCCGGCUCGGAAGAGGGGCUAUCGGCGGCGCAGCAGAGCGGCAUGCGUCGUCAUUCGAGCAGCACCAGAGGCUGCAGGAGGCAGAUGGCCAAUAG